CAACCUCCCUAAAUACAUAACAGGCUUCUUUUGACAACUUUCAUAUGAUAGAAGGUGAAGGUGGUGUUCUGAUGGUCAUGCGGGCGGAGAUCGAUACCAGGGCGCCAUUCAGUUCGGUGAAAGAGGCGGUCUCCUUGUUGGGGGAGAAAAUUUUAGCCGGUGAACUUUAUGCCAACACACUCAAGGAGAUGUAUGGUGAAGCAAGUGGAAAUGGUUCAUCCAGGCUGGGAACCGUGAAUACUGAGCUGAAAGAGACAAAACAUAACCUUGAAAAAGCCAGAGAGGAGAGUAUGACAAUGGCCAAUUGUCUGUCUUCUCUUAAAGAGGAGCUAGAAAGAACCAAGAGAGAAUUGCAGAAAAUGAAGGAACGAGAAACCCAUAAACGAAUGGAGGAGUUUGAUAUGGAGCUUGUCCCAGACCACGUGAAGAAAACACAACCAUGCAAUGAACAAGGAACAGAGUUCCAAAAGAAGAGAUACGUGACAUUUGCAAAUCCACCUUCUUUGGCUCAACUUAUUAUUCCACCAGGUGUGGAGAAACUCGAGAGGCACCCUUCACUAAGAAAGAAGAAGAAGAAGAAGCCAUUGAUUCCCCUGAUUGGAGGGUUAUUCUCUAGGAAAAAAGGAAACCCAGAAAUUGCAUCACCAUAAAGUCCCUGAAUCACUCCAUAGUUCCAACAAUAAUUAUCAACUGGACCUUUUUUUUUCUUUUCUGAAGCUUCAUAAUUUCCUUCUUCAUACACUUGUAAGUUCUAGCAGGGUAAGUCAUAAGCAGAAUGUGAUUGUUUUUGUUAUGUUUGACUUGAAAUCAAAUUUGGCAAGUUGGAAAAUUCA